AUGAACUCGGAUGAAGAGAUCUGUCGGGUUUGUCGGUGUGAAGGAACCGAAGAUUCACCAUUAUUCCAUCCUUGUAAAUGCACAGGAAGUAUUCGAUAUGUUCAUCAGGAAUGUCUGGUCGAGUGGUUAGCUCAUAGUAAAAAGAAGCAUUGUGAGCUGUGCAAGUCACAAUUUAGAUUUACGAAAAUUUAUUCGGAUAGGAUGCCCCAAUCGAUUCCCUUUUUUGUACUUUGCAAAAAAGUUAUUGUGACUACGCAGAAGAAGCUGUUUUUUAUUUCUAGGGUUUUAUUAGCAUUAUUUUGUUGGACCGUAUUGCUUCCCUUACUAUUACAAUAUGUUUGGAGCUUAAAUUUGAAAUUAGGAGAUGCUUACACUUUUGCGUCUGCAAAUGCGAAUGUAACUACAAUUCAUGGCCAAAGGGCGCCUGGCUACUUUGAAUCUAUAUCUUCCAUUACAUCUAUACCUCGUUUGAAUAUGCUAAUUGCAAGCACAGCUCAAGGACAGGUUUUGACAUUUUCUGUGACAUUCGUUCUAAUCACUGCUUUUCUUGUUCGUGAAUGGGUUUUGCAAAAUGCAGUUCAUGUGGUUGAUGAACUACAGGGACAACAAUUUAAUGAUCUUGACGAAAACAACCAAGCCGCUGCCCGAAACAUGCGUGAAGUACACGAAGCUCGUCAAAGGCUCGCUGUUGUAAUGGAUAAUUUGCGCGAGCGUCAACUCCAGCGUAAUGAAGAGCUUCAACGUAAUGGUAGAAUCGAAGAACUGGAUCGUGCUCGCCGUCGCUUUGCCUUGCUUGAGAAUAAUAUCCGGGAUGCUGCUAACACUAUGGUGAACACUCCUGAUAGAAAUGGAGAUGAUGAUUUCCCAGAAAGUGAUCAAUACCCAAGAGUGAAUCCGUUUGCACCUCAAAGGCCUCUUGACGGAAUUGAUACCAUGGGAUAUAAUCGUAUACAGCCUAUUCCCGGAUCUGGCCCUCAUUCUCAAGCAUCUUCUACGAAUUUGGCCGAGGCACAUAACAAUGAUAACUUGAAUCCAUUUGCUGAUGAGUCCUCAAUGAACUCUCCGACUUCUUCAGAAUCUGAAAGUGAAGACAACCAUGCGCCCGAGCUUCCUGAGAGUGUCCGCGAGGUUCGACCGGGCCCACCAGUUAUUGACAAUGCUCGUGAUCUCGAUAACCGAGCUGUUAGAAAUGCUGUCUUAGAAGCUCAAAACGAAGCUGUGGCAGACGAGGACGUCAAUGCUGCUGCCCGUGCUGCUCAAAUUGCUCAUGCUGAUGAUGCUGAUGACUUCGAUGGGAUUUUUGAGUUUCUUGGUCUUCGUGGUCCAGUUUUAGGAUUUUUGCAAAAUUGCUUUGUGAUCGCUUUUGUUGUAUCCAUAUUUUUGACUGUUGUUAUUGGUGUGCCUUAUGUGACUGGAAGAAUAUUUGUGGAGUGGACUCUCUUCUUUGUUCAACGCCCCACCGUUGUCUUAACAUUUUGUUGGGUUAUUUUAGGGACUAUUUCGGAUUGGACACUCGGAGGUCUUUUUAACUUGUCGAAGUUGAUUUUUAAACUUCCUGGUGCAUCUUCAUUUGGAAACUCUGUUGGUGUAUCAAGCUUUUUCGAUAUGUCAUACGACCAAGUAAUCCAAAGUUUCACGGCAUUUUUUCAUGAUAAAGUCUACUCUUUGAGUGAUUUCAAUGGUAUACUUGCAUUCCGCUUGAGCACGGUGCAAAAUAAAUUUAUAGAGACAUUUUCUUUAUUCCCUGUCUUUCGCGUCUCUCAUAUGUUUGCCAAAUUGUUAAAAGACUUCAUUCAAAAUUACUCUACACGACCUGUUGACCGUGUCUUUACAUUGAUGGUUGGUUAUAGCUUAUUUUCAUCCCUUGGAAUAUCAUACUUGAAUAGGAAACAAUUUCUCUUUAAGGAUCCACAAAUUCGAAACGUCGAGCUUGCAUUUCGCGAGGGCCUACGUCAAUGCGGUUCUAUAGUGAAGUUUACUAUAAUAUUUUCUAUAGAAUUAGUUGUGUUUCCUAUAUUUUGCGGCAUUCUGUUAAGUCUUUGCUUGAUUGGAACCUUUAAAAACAUGACUUUUGAAAUUUUAUGUAAUGUUAUGUCGGACCAUCCGUUCCCUGCAACCUUUUUUGCAUGGUUUAUAGGUAUAACGUUUAUGUUUGAGUUUGCUGUAUUUAUAUCGAUGAUUCGAAAGAUUGUUCGUCCUGGAGUUUUGUUUUUCUUGAGAGACCCCAACGAUCCUCAGUUUCAUCCAAUUCGAGAAAUAUUGGAGAAACCCAUGCUCCUUCAGCUAAAGAAGAUUGGAUUUAGUGCAAUUCUUUACUUUAGUUUUAUAUUGGGAUGUGUCGGUAGCGUUAUUCAUAUUUUGAAAAUGACUGGUAUGGUGUUUCCGUUGAAGUUUACCACCAAACCAGUUGUUUUUGAGGCACCAAUUGAUUUGUUGGCUUUACAGGCUUUAAUACAUGUUAGUAUAAAGCUUUUUAAACCAAUGGAUCUGAUGCGUUUUGUGUGGCGUUCGCUGAUAAGUUUUCUGUGCAGAGGUUUACGUUUGUCGUCGUAUGUUAUGGGCGAACGUUUCAAGGAUGAAGAGGGAUAUUAUCAAGGAAAGAAAUUGACAUUCGUUCGCAGGUUGUUUAGUAAACCACAAGUAACGGAUAUUGAGUCCGAUUCUGAUGAUGAGAAAUCUAACGAGAAAGAUUCAGAAGACGGGUUAAUUUUUGAUGGAUGUUUUCUAAAAUGUCCAUCAAAGGAUGUUGUUCCCGUUCAUUCAGGUACUAUGUUGAUACCCAUAACAAAGGAUGGCUACCAAUUGCCUGAGAAAAAAGAGAAAGUUGAAGACAAUCCUGAUUAUACGACUGCCUAUGCACCGCCAUAUUUUUAUAAGCGCUUGAUUGCUUUACUUUUUUUCUGUUGGUUAGUGUCCGUUUUAACAACCGUAUCUUUGGUAUUUUUCCCCUUGUCUCUCGGACGUGUGCUAUUUAAAGCAAUUUUCCCUUCUGCUUUUGAUCAUGACUUGUAUACAUAUAUCAUUGGUUUUUGCGCUUUAGUUUUCCCGGUAUACUCAGUGUACUACAUUACUAGUCACACGGGCACUAUGCAGCGAGUCAGUCAAUAUGCAAAAAUAGAACAUCUUAAACGUGUUUUGAUUAACUAUGGUAAAUUGGGGACACUGUAUCUUUUUGCUUUUGUUGUUCUCCCAAUUUUGACUGGCACAGUCUGGGAAUUAUAUGUCUUUAUUCCAUUCAGAAUGUUGUUCAAUAAAGGCUCUUUGACUGUGGAUGCAUUACAAAGCUGGAUUAUUGGACUAUUUGUGGUUCGUAUUCUGUAUUACUUUGCAUCCUCAAAUGAAGACCGAGCUUUAACCAGGGCUUUAAGAGAAGCUCGACGUGAUCCAAAUGAUCCUCAAAUCCAAGAAUUGAUGACUGUAUACGUAUUACCACUCACUGGUGGAUUGAUAUUGGCAGUUACCUUUCCAAGUUUGCUUACUUACUUGACCUAUCCUUUCUUGUCUUCAGUCCUUCCUAUGUUUUCAAAGACAGAGUUUUAUCGCAUGAUGCAUCCAAUAUUUUUAGGGUUUGCUGUUUUAGCAGUGAUUUGUCGUCGUCUGACAGAACUGAGCAGCAAAUGGUCCCAGGGUAUCCGCGAUGAAAUGUAUAUGGUAGGAUCGAGGCUGCAUAAUUAUGAUGAACAUGAACCCUCAACGGCAGCUGUUUCAGAGCACUAA